AUGAAAACAACUCUGACAAAUCGCAAAUCGCUGUGGCUACUGCUGCUUAUAUUAGCCUUCUUGAUCACUUUUACAGUUCUCCCAAAGUCCAGGAAGAUAUGGACUACUCUCAAGUUACCUACCUCCCUCCAUCAUUGGAAUUUGAUCACAGAGUCCUCAUUCCCUGGAGCAUCUCUGAAUCCAGCAACAUUACUAACCGAGACUGAGCUGCGAACAAAGGAGAUCCUGGAGAAACUCAACCAGUUGAUCCCGCCCAGACCCUUCACCCACGUGAACACCACCACCAGCGCCAGACACAGCACAGUCUCCAUCCUCAACCCCAGACACACGUACUGCCGGGGGGACCAGCUGGACAUCCUGUUGGAGGCCAGGGACCACCUGGGACGAAGGAAGGAAUAUGGAGGGGACUUCCUGAGGGCCAGGAUGUCCUCCCCAGCCCUGAAGGCAGGCGCCUCAGGAAAGGUGACAGACUUCAACAAUGGCACCUACCUUGUCAGCUUCACUCUGUUCUGGGAGGGCCGUGUUUCCCUGUCUCUCCUGCUCAUCCACCCCAGUGAAGGGGUGUCGGCCCUCUGGAGGGCAAGGAACCAAGGCUAUGACAGGGUGAUCUUCACAGGCCAGUUUGUUAAUGGCACCACCCAGGUCCUCUCUGAAUGUGGUCUGGUCCUAAACACAAGGGCUGAAUUGUGUCAGUACCUGGAUGCUCGCGACCAAGAGGCCUUCUACUGCGUGAGGCCUCAGCAUGUUCCCUGUGCUGCACUCACUCACAUGCACUCCAAGAACAAGGAAGUUUCUUAUCUUAGCAAACAGGAAAGGACCAUUUUUAUAAGGUCAAAUGUGGGUGUGGAGAUUAUGGAAAACUUCACUGUGAUUAGAGUCUCCAAAUGCAACAAAGACCCGGAUUCACUGAAAGAGAAAUGCAAGCUUGGAAUGACAUCCACAGUCCCCAGUGGGCAUGUCUGGAAAGGAACAUGGAAUCCUGUCUCCUGUAGAUUGACUCCAGUCAAAAUGGAUGAGUGCCUGAGAGGAAAAUUCAUACAUCUAUUGGGAGAUUCCACCAUCCGUCAAUGGAUCGAAUACUUCAAAGCCAGUAUCAACUCGCUGAAGUCAGUGGAUCUGCAUGACUAUGGAAAACUGCAACAUCAGCUAGCUGUGGACUUGGAUAGGAAUAUCAAUAUCCAGUGGCAAAAACAUGGUUACCCCUUGAUUGGAUCAUCUGCUUAUUCGGUCAAAGAUAUCGAGUACAUGGCCCGAGUCAUUGACAGAACUGGAGGAGAAAAAAAUACUGUCAUAGUUAUUUCUCUGGGCCAGCAUUUCAGACCCUUUCCCAUUGAUGUUUUCAUCCGAAGGGCCCUCAAUGUGCACAAAGCUAUUCAGCGACUCCUUCUGAGAAGCCCAGAUACUACAGUCAUUAUUAAGACAGAAAACAUCAGGGAGAUGCACAAUGACAUGGAAAGAUUUAGUGACUUUCAUGGUUACAUUCAAUACCUUGUCAUGACGGACAUUUUCCAGGAUCUCAAUGUGAGCAUCAUUGAUACCUGGGAUAUCACAAUUGCAUAUGGCACAAAUAAUGUGCACCCACCUCCGUAUGUAGUUGGAAAUCAAAUUAAUAUAUUCUUAAACUAUAUUUGCUAGAUAGCAUGUAUC